CCGCCGCCGCCGCCGCCGCCGCCACCGCCGCCCAGUGUCGCCGCCGGAAAGUUUGCGCGCAGCUGGCGCGGGGCGCGGGCGGGGGCUCAGAGCCGGGCUCGGCCGGAGCGCGCCGAGGACAGCGGGGAGCCGGGCCGGAGCCGCGCGCGGCCCUCUUUUCCAGCUAGCCAGUUGCCCAUCUGUCCGUCCACCAGUCCAUCGCUGCUCCCUCCUCACCAGAGAGCCCAGAGGAGGGCCUGGUCACAGCCCUGGAGGGGCUCACUCGAGUCAGUCCUAGGGGCCCUGCAGCCAGCCCCCCUGGGAAGUGCUCCCUGCUGUACCUGAGGACCUCACUCCCCUGCUGCUGUGACACUUGGGAACCAGAGUGUGCGCCCACGAGGCCCCUUUGCGCUAGCUGUGCAGCCCCAGCCAGAUGUGGGGGGGCGGCUGCCCAGAGGCAUGCUCCCAGCCCUGCCACGCGGCCCUCACCUCCUGCUGCUGCUCCUGGCCUGCCAGGUGAGCACUGCCAUCCCCUCGUUCCUGCACCCUGCCAGCCCCACCUGCCGGUGGCCCCACCGUCUGCCGCCACUGUCCCAGCUGCAGGCCCCCGCUGCCCAGGUGAUGGACUUCCUGUUUGAGAAGUGGCAGCUCUACGGCAACCAGUGUCUCCACAACCUGAGCCUGCUGCCCCCACCCACAGAGCUGGUCUGUAACAGAACCUUUGACAAGUAUUCCUGCUGGCCAGACACCCCUCCCAACACUACAGCCAGCAUGUCCUGCCCCUGGUACCUGCCCUGGCACCACAAAGUGCAGCGCCACUUCGUCUUCAAGCGGUGUGGGCCCGAUGGGCAGUGGGUGCGCGGGCCCCGGGGGCAGCCGUGGCGAAAUGCCUCCCAGUGCCGUAUGGAUGACGAGGAGCUCAAGGUCCAGAAGGAGGUAGCCAAGAUGUACAACAGCUUCCAGGUGAUGUACACCGUGGGGUACUCCCUGUCCCUGGGGGCUCUGCUCCUGGCCCUGGUGAUCUUGCUGGGCCUCAGCAAGCUGCACUGCACCCGAAACUACAUCCAUGCGAACCUGUUUGCGUCCUUUGUGCUCAAGGCCAGCUCUGUCCUGGCCAUCGACGCGCUGCUCAAGACCCGCUACAACCAGAAGAUUGGCAACGACCUCAGCGUGAGCAUCUGGCUGAGUGACGGGGCGGUGGCCGGCUGCCGGGCGGCCACGGUGUUCAUGCAAUACGGCGUCAUGGCCAACUACUGCUGGCUCCUGGUGGAGGGCAUGUACCUGCACAGCCUGCUGGGCCUCGCCUCUGCCCCGGAGAGGAGCUUCUUCACCCUCUACCUGACCGUUGGCUGGGGCGCCCCCAUGCUGUUCAUCGUCCCCUGGGCGGUGGUUAAGUGUCUGUUCGAGAACAUCCAGUGCUGGACCAGCAAUGGCAACAUGGGCUUCUGGUGGAUCCUGCGCUUCCCGGUCUUCCUGGCCAUCCUGAUCAACUUCUGCAUCUUCAUUCACAUCCUGCACAUCCUCGUGGCCAAGCUGCGAGCCCACCAGAUGCGCUACACUGACUACAAGUUGCGGCUGGCCAAGUCCACGCUGACCCUCAUACCUCUGCUGGGGGUCCACGAGGUGGUGUUCGCCUUCGUGACAGAUGAGCACGCCCAGGGCACGCUGCGCUCCGCCAAGCUCUUUUUCGACCUCUUCCUUAGCUCCUUCCAGGUGUCUGCCCCGCCUGUGCACCGCUGGUCCCCCCCAUCACCCCUCACCCUUGGGUCUGCCCUGACCAUCUCCUCUCUCCAGGGCCUGCUGGUUGCUGUCCUCUACUGUUUUCUCAACAAGGAGGUGCAGUCAGAGCUGCUGCGGUGCUGGCACCACUGGCGCGAGGGCAAAGCGCUGCAGAAGCGCCCUGUUGGCAGCCAUGCAGCCUCAGCCCAGCCCACCGGUGGCCCCUGCAGUGAGAAGCUGCUGCUGUCCAUUGGGGGUGCCAGCAACAGGGCCAGCCAGGACCACUCUUCGGAGACCCGCUUGGCCGACAGCCUCCCCGUGUUGGCUGAGAGCCCCAUCUGAAGCCCCUGCUGGGGUCAGACUCGGGGGCCUAGAGAGGGCACCUCCAGGCAGCCCAGGGGAGCUGGGCAGUGGCCCCACUGUCCUCAUGGCCUCUCCUCCCACGCCUACUCGGUGCCCAGGGCGGCGGGGAAGCUGCUGUGUGAGUGCAUGCCCGCGCAUCCCGCCGCAUGUCAGCGUGCCCAGGGCUGAGGAGUUGCGUGUCCUCCAAUAAAGAGCUGGAUGGUG